GAGAAAGCUGAGGAGCUGGUGGACAUACUUGUCGAGAAAGCAGAUGGGAAGUGUCAGGUUGAUAUGCGUGAUAUACUGAGCAGAGUCACACUGGAUGGCCUUGCCAAGGCAGCUUUUGGAUUGGAGCUGAAAACUCUGCAGGAUGAAUACAGCCCAUUUCCCCGGCCAUUUCUCUGGCUAUGAAGGGUCUGACUGAGACCUUGAACCCGCUAGUAAAGUUUCUUCCAUGGAAGCAGACACUUAUUAUGGAGAUCCGAAGAAGUGCCAAGCUGCUGCGGGACACGGGCAGAGAGUGUAUUAAAAACAGAAUGAAGGCACAAAAACAGCAGAUGACGUUUGUGGAUGUACUGGCACAAAUGCUCCACACAGCA